GAGGAGGCUUGCCUUUCCGAAGCUGGAGAGGAUUUUCCGGGGGUUCGCCUUCCCCUGCCUGGGAAGAAUUUCCCCUCUGGUAGCAGCCGCAGCAGCAGCGCGACCUCCUCUUCUGGAGACCAGAGCAGAAUGCCUGUGCUCGAGCGCUAUUUCCACUCGGCAGAGCUGGGCAGAAGGUGGACGGCCCCAGAAGGUGUGCUGCCCUCCUCCCUGGGCAGCCGGCCGGUGUGCCAGCAGGGGCCGCUGCCCUGGGACUUGCCAGAGAUGAUCAGGAUGGUAAAGCUGGUUUGGAAAUCCAAAAGUGAGCUGCAGGCGACCAAACAGAGAGGCAUUCUGGAGAAUGAAGAUGCUCUCCACAGCUUUCCAGGAGAUGUACGACUGAGGGGUCAGACGGGGGUUCCUGCUGAACGCCGCGGCUCCUACCCAUUCAUCGACUUCCGCCUCCUUAACAAUACAACACACUCAGGGGAAAUUGGCACCAAGAAAAAGGUGAAAAGACUGUUAAGCUUUCAAAGAUACUUCCAUGCAUCAAGGCUGCUUCGUGGAAUUAUACCGCAAGCCCCGCUCCACCUGCUGGAUGAAGACUACCUUGGACAAGCCAGGCAUAUGCUCUCCAAAGUGGGAAUGUGGGAUUUUGACAUUUUCUUGUUUGAUCGCUUGACAAAUGGAAACAGCCUGGUAACACUGCUGUGCCACCUCUUCAACGCCCAUGGGCUCAUUCACCACUUCAAGUUAGAUAUGGUGACCUUACACAGGUUUUUAGUCAUGGUUCAAGAAGAUUACCACAGCCAAAACCCAUAUCACAAUGCUGUUCAUGCGGCCGACGUCACCCAGGCCAUGCACUGCUACCUAAAGGAGCCAAAGCUCGCCAGCUCCCUCACACCUCUGGACAUCAUGCUUGGACUGCUGGCUGCCGCAGCCCACGAUGUUGACCAUCCAGGGGUAAACCAGCCAUUUUUGAUCAAAACAAACCACCACCUUGCCAACCUAUAUCAGAAUAUGUCUGUGCUGGAGAAUCACCACUGGCGAUCUACGAUCGGCAUGCUUCGAGAAUCAAGACUUCUGGCUCACUUGCCAAAGGAAAUGACACAGGAUAUUGAACAGCAGCUGGGCUCCUUGAUCUUGGCAACAGACAUCAACAGACAGAAUGAAUUUUUGACCAGAUUGAAAGCUCACCUCCACAAUAAAGACUUAAGACUGGAGGAUGUACACGACAGGCACUUUAUGCUUCAGAUUGCCUUGAAGUGUGCUGACAUUUGCAAUCCUUGUAGAAUCUGGGAGAUGAGCAAGCAAUGGAGUGAAAGGGUCUGUGAAGAAUUCUACAGGCAAGGUGACCUUGAACAGAAAUUUGAACUGGAAAUCAGUCCUCUUUGCAAUCAACAGAAAGACUCAAUCGCUAGUAUACAAAUUGGUUUCAUGACCUACAUCGUGGAGCCCCUCUUCCGUGAAUGGGCCCGUUUCACGGGACACAGCGCCCUGUCUGAGAGCAUGCUAAGCCACCUGGCGCACAACAAAGCCCAGUGGAAGAGGCUGUUGCCCAACCAGCGAAGGAACAGCAGCGGUGGCGGUGGCAGCGCCGGCCCGGGGACCGAGGCUGAGGAGCAGACCGUGACCGAAGGCGACGCCCCGUAGUGCCAG